AUGUCCGAGGAAGCUGGGAAGUUACUCUUAGAAACUUUACAGGGUCUGCAGGAAAAGAUAGAGUCUACGGGGCAGGAAAUUGGGCAUGCACAAGGAAGUGGUAAAGCCGUGGCCAGCGAUUCUCAAACAGUUACUUUAAUGGAUCCACUUCGAGUAAGAGUGAAAGGCAAAGAGAAGGCAAUGGACCAAUUGAAACGAUGGUGUACCGAGUGUAGGUCGGUUGAUCAUGAUAGACACAAUUGUCCUACAUUGAUUAACUAG